GAUAUUGUUAAUGUUGCAAAUAUUGAUAUCCUUAGUUACAAGUAGUCACUAUUUUGACUUACUUAACUGUUGAAAAUCGGUGAAGUUCAAAUGUCGUAUUUUUACGUUUUGUCUUUAUGAAUGUUCAAAUUAAUUCAAUAUAAUUAUCAGCUGGCACAAUAACACAUUCCCAGCUAUGCGAUUAUAUUCUGUAACCAAAUACAGAAAUCUUUCAUUUUAAAUUUAAAUUUAUUGAAAAUACAAUAAUGUAUAUUAUUUAUUCUGUGGUGGAAUAGUCAGUUGUCACUACUUACUUAAUCAUAGAUAUUAGACAUUUUUACUGCAUUUUUUUUUUUUAUUCUUCAGUACAUUACUUAUGGAAUAGUCAGUUGUCAUUACUUACUUAAUCAUAGAUAUUAGAAAUUUUUACUGCAUUUUUUUUAUUCUUCAGUACAUUACUUAUAAGAUUUAACAUCAAGUAUGUCUCAAAAUCAAGUUCAGCAAAGUACUGGAAAUAAUGGAAUAGACACCAAGAAUUGUUUGCGCUAUAUACCACACUAUUAUUUACCCAGCCUAAAUACUUAUUUAAUGAAUGACAUUAGUACCAGUGAUGAAGCCAUUCAGUGUUAUUCUGUACCCGAGAGUUUUGAUCUACCAGUGCCAUAUGUAGCAUUUUCAGAAAUUAAAUCAAGACUAAAUACAGUUUCGGAUUUGGUCAACUUGAAAACUCGAUGGAAAUUUGAACAUGAUAAAUUAUUGAAAAAUUGUCGAAAAAAAAUGAGUUCUAGUACAUUAACUGCCUUAAAAAAAUCACUUGAAGGAGAAUGUUCAUACUCAAAAAUUCCUCAUGUUUUAUUUGAUCUUACAAAAAAUUUAAUGGAAAACCCAGAUGAAUAUUUUGACUCUGACUAUAAUUGGUAUUUUAAAAAUAUUAUUGAAAAAUUUCAAAUAAAUGGAAAAUGGUAUUUAGCUUAUGCCAAAGGUACAAAUCUCAACAUUUUAGAUAUAAUUUCAAUUGAGGACAAAAAACUUGGAGUACUUAUGACUUCUAAAGAUCAGUUCUUUAAAGGUCCAAUUUUUGACAUAAAAUCUUCAAAUACAAAUGACUUAAUGAUUCGACAAAAAACUAAAUUAUUUGUAUUUUGGAACAAUUCAGAUACAAAAUCUUUAUUAAACAACAAUUCAAUUUUUGAGAACUGUGAUGUACCAUUUGCAGACUCUGAUAUUAUAAAUAAUAAUUUUUGUUCUAUUGAUGUGAAACAUAUAAUUAAGCUGUGGAAAAAUGAAGACUGUAUUCAAGAAAAACAUUUUGAAGUAGAAUCUGACCAAAGUGAUUCUUUUGUGCGUUUAAAUUAUUCACAAAAUCAAACUGAUUUAAUUGGUAUUAUUAACAGAGAAAAGUUUUACUUUAUAGAUACUCGGAUUGAUAUGUCUAAACCUUGUUCAAUGUAUGAUCCAAAUAAUAUUUUAGAACAAUGUGAAGAACUUAUAUCAUUAAAAAAUAGUAUAUUAAAUUCUCAUAGUUUCUAUGUGACUUCCAGUCAUUCAGUUCUAACCUUAGAUGAUAGAAUGGGAUUUGUCCAUAAAUCAUGUCAUAUGCUUUCAAAUCCUCCAUCUUUAAUUACUUCACAUUGCUAUGAAAAUAGUUUAGAGCCAUGCGAAAUGUUGUUCUUAGGGAACCAAACUGGAGAAAAUCUUGUUCAUUUGUCCUACACAUCACAUCAAGAUGAUUUUCUAAUGUGUCGACAUAUGGCAUCAUUAAUUCCAAAACCAUUAGAUACAUUGCAUAAUGUUCGAUAUCAAGGGCAUUGUUUGGACUCAACACUAUUUGAUAGAUUUUCUCAAUGUUUAAUUGGCACAACUGCUUUAGGCGAUAAUAAUGAAAAUUUAAGACUUUUCAGUAUUAAUUCUACUGGAGAUUUAUUUGUACAAACAAUUAAAAAUAAUAAACCCAUAGACAUUAUUGAAUUUAAAAACAGAGUCACAAUAAAACCUCAGAUCAUUCAAAAGCUUAAUUAUUCACUUUUGUUUAAUAUGAGUAAAUUAUGGCAGAUAGAUUUGUCUGAUCAACAUAAUGAAAACAUUCAAAAGAAUAAUGCUUGGAGAAUUUCUAAAGAAAAAAUGACAUCUUAUACAGAUCAUUUAGCUCCAUUAAUAUUAGCUCCAUGGGAUAUAGACGAAUUAUCUGAAUGGGAAAAUGAAGAUGAAAAUGCUGAUGCUGAAAAUGAUACUUCUGAUUGUGACUAUACAACUAAAGUUAACUAUUGGUUUAAUAAAAAUGACUCAUUAUUAGGAUCAUCAAAACCAUUAGAAUCAAGUAUGAAUAAACCAUCAAUUAAUUUUUCAUCUCAAGCUACUACAUCAAAACCUCUAUCUCCAUCAGAAAAUGAUAAUGAUUCCAGUUCAGGAUUUAGCAUUUCCAUGAAAUCUGGUGAAAAUUCAUAAUUUUUUUUAAAACUGAGUACUGAAAUUUAAUAGAUAUUUUUAGUAUAUUAUAACAUA